AUGUCAAAAUCCCGUGACGAUCGACGGUGUGAUUGGCCAGAACCCUGGCGCGGCUCCAUGACGGGCCUCGCAACCAGACCAAGACAGCACGUCGACUCAGCAAGCCAUGGCAGCCACAACCACGACAAUGACAUGCCUUCUGCGAUACCACCCACUGCCAUGAGCCCAGUCUCUCCUCUUCCCUCUGCCGCCGCAGCUACCACUCCUCCGCGCAGCCCGAAGCCCGCGGCCCCGCGUCCAAAUCACGACUCGACCUCGCAACGACUCCUCCCCCCGUCUCCGCCUCGAAGCCCCGGAAGCAGUGCGGCCACACUCUCGAGCGCCAAACUCCAUCGCGACGUGCGAAGGGUGCUCCAAGCCAUCCGCCGACUCCACCACGGGCGCGCUCCGACCGAGCAACGCUUCCGCCUCUCGUCGCGCCAUUUCGCGGCGCUCCAAGAUGCCGUCUUUAGCGACCACCGACUCGGCAACUGGGCACGUGACAAACUACACUGGGCUUACAACGCGCACACGGCAGAGCUCACCCUGCGCAUGGCGGGGCCGCUGCACGAGAAGUUCGUCAGGGAGCUGGAGGCCUUGUUGAUGCGCAAGUUGACGGCAUUGCGCGACCAGGCACGUGUCUCGGAAAAGGAGCGCGCCCUGCUGCAUGCCAUCAGCCUGGGAGGGAGUCCGAACAUGAAGCUCGGCGACGGCAAUCAGCGCGCGCCGGACGUGUCGUUCUUGCACGCGCAUGCCCGCAGCGGCCGCCCGCCCUUCGUGGCUGAAGUUGCUGUGGCGCAGGACGGGACAGCCGACUUUGCCGCCAUCGCUGAGGAGUACCUGCUCGGCACUGGCGGGAAGAUACGCACAUUUCUGGGUGUCGACAUCGAAUACCAUGCACCCAGGCAACCCCAUGCGCGAGAGCUUCCGCGACGCGCGCGGAUAUACGUCUGGGAGUUCCAAACACAGCGAACGCGCCAAGGCGACAGCUACAUCAACACAGGCGUGACCGUCGCCCGGCGCGACGAGGACGGCGUGGAGUUCCAUAACAACGAGGGUGUCGUCGACCCAACUGCAACCGUCUCCUUCCCGCUUCGCGACUUCUGCCCUCGCAAGAAGAGCGAUGACCCGGCAUCUCCGUCUCCCACCAUCAACAUCACACAUCAAGAACUUGCCGACGUCCUCGCCAUGGCUGAAGACGCAGCAAACAAGACGCUGGACGACAAGCCUGCUGCAGACCUGGGUACAUCCGACGACGACGACAUGCCCAGCCCCGAUGUGCUGCAAUACCGGCACAACAAGCGCAGCGCCUCCACACAGUCUGAACAUGAUACCGAGCCGGAUACACCUGAGGGGAGCUCGUUCGAUGGCAAGCCGGUGGCGGUGUUGGAACCUCGCAUGUCGCUGUCGCGGAGGGCCAAGAAGCGAGCGCACCGCCCAACGCUCGCGCCCUUCCUCGCCAACCGCAGCAGAAUCCUCGUCCUCGCAUUAGAACCCACACGCCCGCUCUUCCCGCCAAAGCCGCCAGGUUUCUGGCUGCAGAAGCGCAGAGGUGUAAUUUCAAGGAAGAUGUUCAUGGUUACGCAAUGUGCAGUGUCGAAGCCAGACGAAGAAGACGUCCCGCCUGAGACACCCUCCCGCUGCCGCCCGGGUAGUACGCUGGGCAUAUGGCUAAUGCAACGGCAGGCGUAG